AUGCACGCACAUAGUUCGUUGGAGUUAAAGCAGAGAUUUCAUACUUCCUCUGAAUCAUUCAUACAUAAACCAUUCACUAGCAAACAAUUUCCACCCACCGCCCUCGCCUCCCACACCAGCCUCCAUCGCCACCCUCUUCCUUCCUUCCCCGUCACCGGCGCCACCGUCCUCUUUCCCCGCAGCCAUCGUUUCCGUCCUCUUCUUUCCCCACAGCCACCGGUUCCGUCCUCUUCUUUCCCCACAUCAGCGAUCAAGGUAAUCGGGAAUGGCUUGUGA